AUGUCUACCGCUUCCAAGGGAGGGGCUCUCUCGGCCCUGGAGAAGAUACGGAAGCAGCGCAGAGGCGAGGCUAAGGCCACGGAACAGUACGAGGUGCGAGACGAGAACGCCGAGAUCUUUGCCACAGUUUCUGCCCAGGAAUACGCGGAGCUGAAACAGAGCAGACGAGCAGGCAACUGGAUCGAGGGAGAUGACGCCGAGGGUUACAGUGACGAUGGAGAGGAGUGGUGGCAGUCAGACAGCGGCAGCGAGGAUGGCGGCCGUGCUAACGCCCCGCGAACUGCGAAGCGGCGUGGAACUGAGGAGCGGGAUGCAAAGGGGGCCCUUCCUACCCCUGUAGGAAAAAAGAAGAAGGGCUUGUCAGCGGCUGCUGAAAUGCGGGCAAAGGGGAUGCGCUCGUUGUUGCAGCACUUCAGCAGCAUGGCCUCGGAGAAGGCAGGAACCUUAGGUCCGCAGAAGGCGGCAGAUUCUGCGAAGCAAUUGCAGGCUAUUAAGUCGAUCGAGGCCUCUCUGGACUUAGAUGAUGAGGACGAGGACGACUCCGCGCCCCACCGCAUGCAGCCAGCCAGCAGCAGCAGCAGUAGUGGCAGCAGCAGCAGCAGCAGCAGCAGUAGUGGCAGAGCUUUUGCCGCAAGAGACAGCUUUGGGCUCUUUGGCCUUGGGGAUGUGAGACUGACCAAGCGCGUCUCGGGGGCUGGGAGCUCUAGCUGCAUCGCGCAAAAGCGGGAGGCCUCUGCGUUUGAGUCUUUACGGGAGGCACCAGGAGCAGCAGCGGCACGCGCAGACACACUGCGUGCAGCAGCAGACGAAGACGCUGCCUUCGUCCCCGCAGGAGCAUCAGAAGAUGCUGAGGCGGGCAGUAGUGCUCCUCCUCGACUGUCGGGAGCGGCAGCGGAACGAUCGGAUGCAGAGGAGGAGGCAGAGGAGGCUACGGUACGCUGCGACAUCUUCGAGAGCAGCAGCGAGCACUUUGGUGCUCGCCGCAAGAUGGUGGCUGUAGACCUCUUUGCGGCGGGGAGCGAAGAGGCCGCUCAGCCGCAGCAGUCAGAGCCAGAAGGGGCCUCCCGGGGGCCCCUCGUGCUGGAUGAGGCAGUGGGGGCCUCAGAGGGCCUCCCUGUUUGCCCCGACGGAUCUCUGCCCUUUUACUUCCUCGACGCAUGGGACGAUGUCGCCUCAGGAACUGUGUAUCUCUUUGGGAAGGUGUGGGGUGUCGCAGCGGGGGGCCAGCAGCAGCAAGGCUCUGCUGCUGCAGUAGCGCCUCCGCAGAGCUGCUGCGUGGUAGUGAAGCGGAUGAUGCGGCCCUUGUUUUUCUUCUUGCGGAAGCAAGUGACUCUGGAUGCGGGGAUCGAAGGCUUGGGGGCUGACGGUGCCACCCCGGAGGCUGGCGAGGCUGCGCGGGAGGCACUCCUGGCGUCCUUUUUGCGCGAGAAGCAGGAGAAUGCGAAGGAGUUCCUGCGUAUGGACGGGCAGCGACUGAAGCAGCGAUAUCACUGGAGCACGUGGAAGUGCAAGGCCACCACGAGGCACUAUGCAUUCGACGCUGCCGGAGUGCCUCGAAGUCGGAAUUUGCAGGUUGUCAAAGUGUUGUGUCCAGGGAGUGCGCCUUCUUUGGAGGCCGAGGACCUUCAGGGUGUCACAUACUCCCGCGUUUUUGGGUCGAAUGCUCCCCUCACGGAGGUGCUGCUGGUGAAGCGGCGAAUCAAGGGGCCCUGCUGGCUAAAGAUAACGGACUUCUGCCUCCCCGAAUCUCCCGCAGACAAGGCCUCCUGGUGCCGUCACGAGGUCAUUGUAGAGGGGCAUAAGCAGAUCAGGGUGUGGGGAGAUUCACGCAAAGCGGGGGGGGAGGAGGAGGCUUCUUCCCCCCAGCCAGUCGACGGGAAAGAACCCCCAGCCCCUCCUCUCACACUCCUCUCCCUCGUGGCCAAGUCGGUGUCGGUGAGCAACAACCCAUCCGAGGACAGGGCCCUCUGCAUGGCAGCCUUUUUCAUCCAGAGACACAAGGAUAUCGAGGAGCAGCAGGCGCAGCCAGUCCUUACCAAGGAAAAUAUCUUCUGCGGAGUUCGACGCAUACGCAGUGGAGGGGGAGGGAAGGCGCAAACGGGGGCCCUGGGGGCCCCCGUUUGCGCGCGUGCCAUGUCAAGCGGAGUGCCCCCCUUGUUCGAGGAGAAGGCGGAAAAAAGUGCAGUGCAGGUUUACGACUCAGAGAGGGUCUUGCUGACGAAUUUGAUCAAUCGGGUGUAUGCUCAGGAUCCAGACGUGAUUCUUGGUCACAACAUAUACGGCGCUGACUUGGAGCUCAUUGCGCGUCGCUGCAACUUCCACGGCCUCCCUCUCUGGCACAAAAUGUCGAGGCUCAAGCGGCCAAAGACUCAGAAGCCACCGUGCAGCAACCCGAGGCAGCAGCACCAGCACCAAAGCUGUCUCUGGGGGGGGCGGGUCCUGUCUGUGGGGAGACUCGUGUGCGACACAUAUCUCCAGGCCCGCGAGUUGCUUGGACACAAGACGAACUACAACCUCUUGCCGCUUUUACGGGAGGCAUUUCCCAUGCCUGCAGCAGGCGUAGCCGCAUCCGGAGGUACAGGGGCAGGCAGCAAAAUCUCGGCGUUUCAUAGACGCAUUGCGACAGAACUGCAGCGCAUGCAGCCGUUCCCUUGCGAGGACCUCCUUUCCUUCUAUUGGUCUCAAGAUCCUUCUCGCCUGCUCUACGCCGCGAACCUGUGCUGUCUGGAAGCGUUCAUGGCCAGUAUCCUGGCGCAGCGUCUGAACUGUCUCCCCGUCACUCGGGAGCUCACCACCAUCGGGGGGAACUUGUGGGUGCGGUCUCUGCAGAAUGCACGAGCAGAACGGAACGCCUUUCUCCUGAUGCAUGCUUUUCACGCCGAGAAGUUCGUUUAUCCAGAUCCUCCAGGACCUCGCGGCAAGGCCAAGAGCCAUGAGGCUGCCGCACCGGCGGAAAUGGAAGAUCCCAGCGACGGAGAGGGUGCAGAGGCCCCCUCCGCUGCACCUGGAGGGGCCUCCCGGAGCAGCAAGGGCCCUGCGUAUGCUGGUGGGCUCGUGCUAGAACCACGCGCUGGACUCUAUGACUCGUUUGUGUUGCUUCUGGACUUCAAUUCUCUGUAUCCUUCGAUCAUUCAAGAAUAUAACGUCUGCUUUUCUACCGUCCGGCGGGCUCAAGCCUCGGAGAACGGGGAAGCAGCCGGCGACGAGGAUGCCUCCGUCUGGGAAAUCGACUCUACACCAGGCCUGCUGCCUCGGGUGCUGCAACAGUUGGUGCAAAAGAGGAGGCAGGUAAAGGCUGCCGCUCAGAAGGAAAGAGACCCUGCGAAAAAAGCCUCGCUAGACGUCAAGCAGCUGGCGCUCAAGCUUACGGCCAACAGCAUAUAUGGCUGUCUGGGCUUUUCUGGAAGCAGAUUUUACGCGAAACCCCUUGCUGCCUAUAUCACGCAGCAGGGAAGGACUGUCCUUAUGGCAGCGAAAGAAAAGGUCGAACAGCAGCUUAGACUUUCCGUCCUGUACGGCGACACGGACUCUCUGAUGGUAGAUACGGGUCUGCGUGAUGAGGGUCGAGGCGAGGCCUACGCGGAGAGUGUGCGGUUGGGGCAGAGGAUAAAGUCUGAGAUUAACAGGCAGUACAAGAAGCUGGAGCUGGAUCUAGAGGCUGUUUUCCGCCGUUUGCUGCUCUUGCGGAAGAAGAAGUACGCCUGUUGCAUAAUUGAGGACUACGGACGACGGGCUUAUAAGAUCGAACAGAAGGGCCUUGAUUUUGUAAGGCGAGACUGGGCCCUCUUGACCAAGCAGGCUGGCGAGCAGCUCUUGCGCAUCAUCUUUGGAGUCAGCCUUGCCUCCGCGAAGCAGCAGCAGCAGCAGCAGGAAGGCAGAGCGCCUGCGCCUGCUGGGGAUGAAGAUGCAGUAGACACUGUGGUGGCGUUGCUGCACGAACGUCUCCGCGCGAUGCGGGAGGCCAUAGUCGGGGGUCAAGUGCCCCUCGAUCUCUUUGUCAUUACCAGGGCCUUAACAAAGUCUCCCCAGCUGUAUGCCCAGGGCAGCGGCGGCGCAGCACAGCCUCACGUGCUCGUGGCUCUGCGCAUGCUGGCGGCGGGGAGGCCUGUGAGAGCUGGCAACGAGAUUCCGUAUAUCAUCUGUGAUGAAGACAGCGUUCGGAGGGCUGAGCAGCAACGGCAGCAGAAAGCGACGCCGGAAUUCCCCUCCGAAUCAAAAUCUGAAGGCGCUUCUCCCCAGGCCAGCGCCAGCCCGCAGCAGCAGCAACAGCAGCGAGUAAGAGGCCCCGCGGAGCGCGCAUUCCACCCUAUGGAGGUACAGAACCUUGGACUGAAGCCAGACGUUGAGUACUACUUGCAGCAUCAGCUCUUUCCCCCUGUACAGCGUCUCUGCGCGCACGUCCAGGGCACCGGCCCUGGCCGCCUUGCAGAGUGCCUGGGUCUUAACCCUGCGAAGUUUGGCGAAAGGGAGCUGGGAGAAGAGGCGGGAGACGAUCAAACAGGAGAGUCGGAGCGACAGAAGGGGGAAGACCGGAUCCUUUCGUUGAUCAAGAAAUCAGAUGAAGUCUUCAAAGAGUGCAACAUCCCCGCGCAAAUCCCCUGCGGUCUGUGCGGAGUUUGGCUACCAGCGGCGCAAGGCCUGAUGACUUCCCGCUGCGGCGCCUGCGGCGGCUGGCUGUCUCCUUCAGCUCUGAGAGACACCCUGAGGCUGUAUCUUGCGUACAUACGCCACAGCUUCCACAUCCAUAUCACGCGAUGCACGGAGUGCAAGCACAAAUUCGAAUACCUUCCGCCUGGACCCCUGAGAGCGGGGGCCUCUCUGCGGUGCCCCCUCUGUGACGGCGGCCGCAUCGUGGACUGUGUCUCUCCGAAUGUCUUGUACAUGCAGCUGCAGCACCUCCGAUUCCUUCUUUCCCAAAAUACAGGCAGCAAAGGCAGCAGUACCAGCGCCUCCCCCGCUGGCAUGCGUCUUGCGCUCGACGAGUGCCAUGCAGCGGUGCCUCUCCCCAGUUCUCCUCAGCUAGGUGAACCUGCGAGGCCUCUAAACCUCAGCGAGUCACUGCCUAAGGCAGGGCUGACCAGAGCCAAGGAGGCAGCAGUGGGGGUAAAGAAGGGUCUCGAGCUGAAGUUUCCACUGGUUGUUGCAGCUCUUCGAUACCUCAGAGGCCUCAAAAGCGGCGUCCUCUGUGUCAGCUCAGAAUCAGAGAGACACAGCCUAAUGGAGCCUGUAACAACAACAAUGACUGCUAACGCGCUGAACACCCUAGAUCUACGCAGCUUCUUCUGCGCGUUAAGGACUCCCACGGGGGCCGAGGGCCAGUCUAGCAGGUGGGCCUUGCUUGCUCAAACCUACAUCGACGCCAAAGCAGCAGCUGUCGAGAGCGCUCUACCCCUCGAUGCGGGAGUUCGAGAUCCUUGGGGGGCUCCCGCGGGGAUGCAAAGGCGCCGCUCGGGGGGCCUCCCCUUGGGAUUCAAGGGUUUCGGGAGCCCUACAGUGACCAUCAAGAGAGAGGUCUACUAG